AUGUCGUCCUCACUCUGCCAAAACACAAGUGGUAUAAUGGCCCCUGUGAAGCGUUCAUUUAAUGGCUUUUUUUACGUGGAGCUCUGGAUUGGGACGCCCCCAGUUAGGGCCAACGUGGCCAUUGACACAGGGAGCGACCUCACCUGGGUGCAAUCCGCAGAUUGCACCAAGUGUUUCCCCGUAGCUCUGCCAAUUUACGAUGGUAUGAAAUUAGCUACCUACAUAGCCAUGUCUCCUCAUCAUCCACUAUGUCCUGAUCCUUCUCCUUUUGGUCAUAACGACACUUGUACGUACGAGGUUAGCUACUUGGGCGAACAUUUGGAGGAAGAGCAGAACAUCAGUGGCCAGUUUGGAUGGGAUGUAUUUACCUUCAAAUCUGAAAUUCGUGGGCAACAGGAGCAGCAACAACGGGUCACAAACGUUACGUUUGGCAGCGGGAUAGUGAACCACCUUGAUACUGGGCCUGAAGGUACAGAAGGGAACCCGAUCGCAGGGAAUCUAGGAUUAGCCUACAUGGAGAGCAGCAACAACGGGUCACAAACGUUACGUUUGGCAGCGGGAUAG